AUGGGAAAAUCCCAGGUGACUGUGAUGAUCAAGGUGGAAGCAGGUGAACCUGGCGGGUCCAGUUUGGAGCCCCCCACACCUGCAACAUCCACAUCAGAACUGGAGGAAAAGACACAAGACAACAAAGAUCUCAUCCCUCAGAUUUUGGAGAUUAAAGAAGAGUUUCCCAAUAACACAAACUCCAGUUUUGACCGGCAGAACCCAGAGCUUCCUUUCAUAAAAGAGGAAGAAGAGGAGGAACAGUGGAUCAGUCAGGAGGAAGAGUUGCUUAUUGUGAAGAUUGAAGAUGAAGAGAAACCUCAGUUGUCAGAACUUCAUCAAAUCAAAACUGAAGAUGACCUAGAGACAGAAGCUCCAACCAGCAGUUCACCUGAACCUGUUGCAGAGAACUUUAGACGACCAGAACCAGAUAGUGACCCAGAGKUUGUAUGUCCCUCCCAGCAAAGUAACAUGGCAGACGGGGAGAAGUCAUUUGGCUGCAAUCUUUGUGGCAAGAGAUUCAGACGUAAGCAUUCCGUAAAAUUACACAUGGUCACCCACACAGGAAAGAGACAGCAUAGUUGUGAUCUUUGUGGCAAAGGAUUUGUUGAAAAGCGUUCUCUUCAGACACACAUGAAUGUCCACACUGGGGAGAAACCUUUUGCCUGUGACGUUUGUCGUAAGAGUUUUAAGUCGAAGCCGAACCUCAGAGCCCACGUACGUAUUCACAUGAGCGAGAAACCCUACACUUGCAGUGUUUGCAGCAAAGGAUUUUCAGCGAAAAACAACUUGAGCAUACACAUGAUUGUUCACACGGGAGAGAAACCAUUCGUUUGUGCCGUUUGUAAUAAAAGAUUCCCGGUGCACGCUUAUUUGCAGCGUCACAUGUGUGUUCACACGGGAGAGAGACCCUUUAUUUGCAAUGUGUGCAGCAAAGGGUUUUCAGAGAAGAACAAAUUGAACAUACAUAUGGUUGUUCACACAGGAGAGAAACCAUUUAUUUGUAGUGUUUGUAGUAAAAGAUUUGCCCGUCAGGACUGCCUUCAACGUCACAUGUGUGUUCACACAGGAGAGAAACCGUUUGUCUGUAGCAUUUGCAGUAAAGGAUUUCUACAACCGGCUCUUCUACAGAGUCACAUGUGUGUUCACACAGGAGAGAAGCCAUUUAGUUGUGGCAUUUGUAGUAAAGGAUUUUUAUCAAAGAAGACUUUAAAUAGACACAUGGUGGUUCACACGAUAGAAAAGCCGUUUUCUUGCGGCGUCUGUAGUAAAGUAUUUACACGACAGGAGACUCUGCAGAAUCACAUGUGUGUCCACACAGGAGAGAAGCCCUAUACUUGUAGUUUUUGCAGUAAAGGCUUUUCAGCGAAAAAGUGUCUAAAUAGGCAUGUGGUUAUUCACGCUGGAGAAAAGUCAUUAAGCUAGUGUUGGCAGUAAUGGGUUUUCAUGACGAGCUCUCCUAAAGACUCCAAUGUGUGUUCAUGAGAGAAAUCGUUUGUGCUGUUGUGUGUAGGGGAUACUUUUUACAGCAAGCUCACCGAAACGGUCACUUAUGUAUUCGAACAGAACGGAUUUGUUUGAAGCCAGGGAUUUUCACAUGAUUGCAUUUCUAUUUUCUGUGCGCACCGUUUCAUUUCUCAAUGAUUAUUCAGAUAAAUGCAGUUUUGUUUAGGGCCAAAUCGCAACAAAUAUAGUCUCUAGGUGCUUUACAAAAAAAAAACAAAAUCCAGUUAUACAAAAAUACAGUCAAGUAAAUACGUUUCAAUUCAGUCCUAAUUAAUAACGUAAAGUUUAGUUCAUUGUUCAAAUUGGUAUACAAAACCUAGCUAAUUGCAUCGAGUCUAAACAGUGAUAAAUUUGUACCGAAUAUAAACCAAGUUGCCUUCUAGAGAUUUAUCACUAAGUAUACAGUAUUCCGUUUAUUUUUAAUUUAUUUUUUCUGAUACAAGACUGUAAAUAUCUGCUUUUUGAAAACCUGUCAAAGUUAGUUGACCGUUAUGCAUUUAAUACAUUUUAGUGUAUUUGUUUCCAAUGAUUAUGAUAAAUGUAAAACAAAAACUUCAUACACUACUUAGACUUGAACUAAAAAAAAAAAAAAAUCAAUCUGAUCAAGGAGUUGAAAAUUUCUCCCAACGUAGUGAGUUUAACUCGUUUAAUUUAUUCUGUACGAGAAAAAAAACUUACUGCAAUCAUAACUGAUGUAAUGUGUAGAGAAUCAUUCAAAUCUUUUAUUUUGAAGCUUGGUGUAACAAAAAUAGCAUAAGUCUUAAGGAAAUGUUUGUUUCUUGCUGGAAAGAGCUGGAAUUAUGCCUGUAUUUAAUGAAAUUAUGAAAACUUUAUUUUUUGCCUUCUUUUUUAAAGGCAGUAGAUUGUAUGAACAAAAUUGAUUUACCAUCUUUAGAGUAAUCCGCUCCUUCCUCCAGAACACUUUGAAUUUAAACUAAGGUAUUUCACAAAAAGUGUCAUCUGUCAUUGUAUUUAAAGCAUUAGGUAAUCCUUGGAUGUGGCUGUUUUUGUUUUUUUUUUGUUUUUGAUGCAAAGAAAUUAAUUUCAUCUACUGUAUUUUGAUGUAAAAGCUGAACUAAGGACAUAACUUGUACAGUGUCUAGCAACAACUAAAUACUGUACAACUCAAUUGUUGCAUUGUAUGUUGUGGAACUAUGUCAAAUUGUAUUUUCCCUGUUUAAUAAAAAAGAAAGUUCUCUUAAAAAAAAAAAGAUCCUAAAAACUUGAACUUCUGUUUUUGUUUGUGGGGAAAUAUACACAAAAAUCACUAGGAAUGAUGCGGAUGAAUCUCUAAGCCUCAGUAUAACAGCAUUCAAGUAAAAUGGAUUUUUAACUCAUUUCGCAACGGUUACCCUAUAUAGUUUUAGUAGAUCUUUUUGUACCAUGGAGGUAUUUUAUUUCUAAAAAGCUGAACCAAAAAUGUAGGUCAAGUAUGACAUUGAUGACAGGAGGUAUAAAAGAUAGCCGUAUUAAGAAAUGUUUUUACACAGAAAUAUUAAUCAAUGGUUUUCAAUUAACUAGCACGCAGCACCAUAACCACUAACUUUAAUGGAUAAAUUUCAUAUAUGAAGUAAUAUAAAUCAAAGAAGCUUACCUGUUUGACAGCAGUACACAAAAAAAAGCUAUAAAACUCCCAAGUUUUCAAGAAAAGAAAUUAAAACAAUCACAAAAUAAUAAAGAACUCAAACACUUCAGUUACAACCAAGACAUUUUUUAAUAUUUAUUUACCAAAGUAAUCACUCCCAUCUACAGAGGACGGUUUUCUAAAACAGACUUGAAUCCAAUAAACAAUUCUGUUCAUGAUCACUGCUUGCAGCAAAGUCUUUCUCUGCAAUAGUUACAUAAAUACAACUCUAAAAAAUGAAAAGAUGCUGACAAAGCAAAAACACCAAGCUGAACACGCUGCAUGGAGUGAGAUCUGCUGGUUGGAAGAAAUACACGGUUUUGUAGUUUGCAGAGCUCCACUAUUAGUCCAUUGCAUCCAGCUUAUUACACAAAAAUCAUUCUAAUGACAGACUACAUAUUUUAUAUUGAACAAAUGUACAAAUAACGACAUAAUAUCCAUUAUUUAAAUGUAUUCACAUUUUAGACUCAACACUAAAAGCGUUGGUACGAUCCAACAUGUAUCCUAUUUAAAAACACGAUAAACAGGGCAAAGAGGACAAUUAUAUUAAAUUGGGAGAUUCCGGAUUUUAUUUUUUUUUACACACAUUGGACAUGUAUAAUUUUACAUCUUAUUUGUUUUUAUUAAGGCAGGCACUAAGUAGCAAUUGUAUUGCUAGCUUUUAACACCCUUCUUGAACAAAACAUUUUCCCCUUUAAUAUUUUUUAGUGUUCACAGAAAACCAGUUUCACAGAGCAUGCCUUAAGGCUGGUGGAUAAUUCUAAGAAAUUAAAUACAAUAAAAAAGAAAAGGUUACUGUUUUAUGACAUGUUAUUAAUUCAGAUAUAUCAAAACAAAAUUCUCUUGAACUGAAGAUACUGUAGUUGUGUCAUCUCCCUUCAGGAGAUCAGAAG